UUUUUUUUAUUUUACUUCAUGUUAUUAUUUCAUCUUCUUCCUCCCAGUCCCAGCUACUAGUGCCACGUCCUCACUCCGCUGUGCCCUAGCGUGCGCCAACGAUUCACGAAAUCCAGUCACGCAACUUGGAACGUAUGGCAAGGCUCCCGCGUGCCCAAUUUUGUGGCAGCUCUGAUUUGUAGUUGAGGGAUCCUAUCGUCCCGACGUACUUUUUGACUUCCAGGGCUUGCUAACUCUGAAACGAAACCCUUUUUGUCUCUUUAACCGUUCCCCCCAUUUCAUUGCGACUCGUCCCCGUUGCUUUGGUCUAUAAUAUAUCAGGCUUGCUCGACCCCACCGAAGUUACUUCUGAUUCUCUACUUUCCCCGUUCUUUCUCUCCUACUUUACCCACCGAUGAUAGAUAGGCGGGAGAAGACGAGGUUCCGUUGCUUCUCUUGCGGCUACUGAGGAGAGAGAACCUAUUGGCGAUCUUUUCAGCGUGCAGCAUAUGUUGUUGUUUCUGUGAGAUGUCCAUCUUGAUAAAGCUAAUCUCAUAGAAACGAAAUGGGCGGGUGUUGCAGCUCUUCAUCAAGAACUGCAUCAGGUGGAAUAUCUGUUUACUUCAAUUAUCCACGGGAUUUAGAAGCAAAUGAACCUCUGUCAUCCACUCGUUCUGCAGUUCCACGUCGUAUGGUUGAUUCAAACGUGGAAGCUUCAAUCCGGGAUGCCUAUCAACGACCUAAUGCCGUACGGCCUCUUGUGGAUUUUACAAACUCACAAACUAAUUCUGGAAGCACUGAAAACUGCGCAAGUAAAAAUGAGCAUAGGCAGUCAACAGAUUCAGUACCAGUGGGAGAUGCUAUAGGUGGGAACAGGCUUGAAGCUUCAGAUAGGUGUGGUGGUUUGAUAGGGUCAGAUCCCAAGUUUGUAUCUGACUUUGUAAACAACUCUCCUAAGAUUAAAGAAGAAUUUUCACAUAUAAACAGUUCCACGACUUUUUUUACCGAGGAAGAUGUUUGCCCCACUUGUCUUGAAGAUUAUGAUGAUGAGAACCCUCGUAUUAUUACAAAAUGUAAACAUCAUUUUCACCUUUCGUGCAUUCUUGAGUGGUUUGAGAGGAGCAGUAACUGUGCCGUAUGCAACCGGCUCAUGGAGGUUGAAGAUAUUGAUCUGUUUGACCGAACCUUGUAGAUGAGGCCAUUUGGAUGAUUUCAUACCUUCCUCUUUACAUAAGCAUGAAGCCAUUUGUUCUUUGGGAAUACGUGGGCAUGUAAGCAAAAGCAUGAUCAAGUAUAAGCUUCUUACCCUUGUUUAAUGGUUUUUCUUUUUUGAUGAAUAAUAAAAAAAAGGUAUUGGAUGAAGGAAACUUGGUCUCUUUGAACUUCAGGAGAAGAAGCGCUUGUGAGCUUCGAGGGAGGUCUUUACCCUUUUUUUUUUUUUUACACUUUUCAAUUUUUUUUUAUAAUUAUUUUGGUUCAUCUUCUGUACCAUUUUAUCAGCGUCAGUCAUUCAUUUAUUUACAGUGGAUCUGCAAGAUCUUUAUAUUUGUGUAUAAAAUUCGUUUGCUGUAUUUAUGAAUAUUGUCAUUGUAAUAUUGUAUAGUUCAUGGCGA